AUGGAUGUGGCCAUGAUCGCUCAUCUGUCAAUCGUUGGGGGAAAAGACCCUGUAAUGGGUGCCCUAGAUGGGCAAGAGCCCAACUCAGACCACUUGGGCUGGUCUCUGACAUACGCCGUAAUAACCUCCAAGAAGUCUGAUCCGAUCAUAACUGCCAUCCUUACUGAUAAUCGAAAUGAUAGCCAUUUCUACCCACACAAAAGGUAUAUUGGCUAUGCAUCCGGCUUUUUUUGGCCAUUCCCUGUUCCGUCACCUUUGUCCCAACCAAAUCCACUUCCACAUCCUACUUAUUCUUUCUCCUGGGAUGUUGCUCUUAAGCCCAGGUCGCUAUUCGCCAGUAAGAAAAUCGAUAAAAAUGGUCCCAAAGUCUUCUAUACAUUCAGCUACCAGCCUCAAUUCUUGGCCUGUCAAUUCGGAUGCCAACAAGGCUUGCCUGGUCCCAUCGCUCACCCACAUUUAAUAAUUCAAAGUCCGGAUGGGAGAGCCAUUCCUAAGUCGAUUGCCCCGUACGUAUCCCAGCUCACAAAUUACACAACUUCCAACUCGUACAUCCCUUUCAAAACUUCUCCAACUUCAGUUGAAUCCUUUCGUGAGUGGUGGUCGGUUACUUGGGCCUUGAUUGCCCCUGACAAGGAUCUCUUGCUGAACAUCCUUCUUCCCCCACCUGCAAUAACAUUAGGGGCGACUCCUCUGACCAACACCCGAAGGAACCUGAUUACUCAAGGCACUGAGUCGGGUACUCCACAGAGGAAGAGAAGAGCCUCUCAGACUCAAACUAUUCCCCCCUCUGGGGGCAAUCAACCGUCCUUAACAAACCGCCCAUCAGGUCGGCCCCCUAUGAGGACCCGACCCCGUCCAGGUGUGGCUUCGGCUCGGGCGACCGCCCAACCUGCUUCCAGACCAACUAAAACAGCGAAGCCACCAACCGACCAACUACCAGAACCUGAGCCCCCGACCAACCGCUGGGCCUCGACUAAAAUACCUUCAUCCGCCGAGCAGGCAACAACAAGGGUCUCAUCUCCCAGUGAGGUGACUGCUUUAGAGAUGGGCAGGUUACCUUAUGUUGCUUUAGACCCAUCUCUACCUACUAUGGCACCGGUGGCCACACCUAUGUCUGCUUCUGCUACCUCUGAUGCAACCGCCCCAGACACAUCACACCAAAGAGCAGCCGACUUGAAGGUUACCGACCCAGGGGCAGCCGACUUGGAGGUUGCUAACCCAGGGGCAGCCGACUUGGGGGUAGCCGACCCAGUGGCAGCAGACCCUCUACCAGCGGCGGACAGACAGGACGGAGAACCUGUACUUGCUCAACCAAGGACUCUUACAGGAGUUACAAGAGAUUCCCUCUUCUAAAUCAGAGACCUCUAUCAAUCUGGGACCCAGAUCUAAACCUCAACGCCCAUAGGAAGCAGCCGACGAGUCGGCCAUUGAAAUACCAGCAGACCAGCCUUCCAGACUUGAGGCUAUUCUGGCACCCUCAGUGACCACCAUCCGUCCAGAGGUAAGAACAAUUUCCACAAUCAAUUUUCAAUAUUCAUGCUCCAUUCAGUCUGAGAUAAACAUCUUUUAUUUCCGGGGUGUUCUGAUCUAGCCCUCUUGUCGGUUGUCCCUAUUCCGACGAACGUCCGGGCUAUAAUUGCACAGGCUGUUAACCAACCUUUCCCCGACCUAGGGUCAGACUUGCUUGACAGCCUUCUUCAAGCCAUUGGUGGUCUCUUAUUCCAAAUAUCUUCAGAGUCGGCUGCUGCCCCCAUUCGUCACCAACUGACGGAGCGACUAUCCGAACUCCGGAAUGAAGUUCUGUUCGCCCAACUUUUGACGGCUGAGACACCCUUGCCUGAUUUGGAUCGAAUAAGUCUGGAGGCUUCCUUGACCAAAACCAAGGAAUCCAUUCAACAGGCAAUUGGCCGACUAGAAGGCCUGAAUAAUGCCAAGGCACAAAUAGAGGGGUAAAUCUAACAAAAAGAAGCAGAACUGAGGGCGCUUCAUCAAGAAAAAUCAGUCCUGGAAGGUCAUAUAAACGAUGAGCAGCGCCUAAUUGAUCGAUACCAAAGCAAUGUAGCCGACCUGGACCAGAAGUUGAAGAUUCACGCCCGAUCCCAAUUCAUAAAGCAGUACCAGUCGGCUGCUAAUAACAGGCGAUGCUCCAGAACAGAGGACAAAUGGUCCUAAAUAAAACUUGGUUUAGGAUCUCUUUUGUAAAUUUUGACUUGGUAAAUAAAAUUUCUCUCCUUUUAUUAAGGAUCACCUUCCAAGAUUCCAACCCUCCGGAGAACCAAUCCAUCCAUCAUCCUUAUAAAUAUUUGCAGUCCUUACAAAUCAACAGAUAAAUAUUUACUCACAAAUCAAACCUUGAACACACCUGCCAACAGAAAUUAAAUUGCCACCCCACCGUCCUCAUGUUCCUGUAAACAAUUGGCAAGGUAUCAUUCAACCCUUUUUCGUGGGUAAUCAUCCAGUUAGAGGUCAUGCUGAAGACCUGUUAUGCAUCCUCAAACAAUUGUAUUUCAAAUUCAGGUUUUCCCAACGAGGCAGAAAGACCAUCCAUCAUGUCAUUCGCCUUAUGGAAAACGUGCUAGAAGGACAUGAGACCCUUCGGGAUAUUCAAAGUCGCCUUCCCAACAUUGAUCAUCACAUGGACCUAAUUGAACACCACGUGACAGCCAUACUUCCAGACCUUGGUUGGGAUCACACCUUCUCCAACCAACGUGUAGUCUUUUCAAGAUUACGCACUCUUGUUGAUCGUGAACGCCAAGCCAUAACAGACAUGAAAGCUCGGACCGACUAUGAUCUUGAGAAGAUGCAGGACCAAUGGAAGAAGUACCGACCUAGCUUAGAAGACCUUACUGAUGAAGAGCCAGAACUAAUCCCUAAUCACUGGAAUGACGAUUCUGACUCAGGAAAAAGUGAUCCUCGGCAUGAUUCAACAUCUGACAAUGAAUGAACCCUUGUUAGGUUCGAACCCUUGGCAAAUGGGUUCUGAAAACUUACUGUUUCAUGCUUUCUUGUAAUCUGAAAAGCCAGGAAAAUACCUCUUCAGAUAUCUAGCAUUAAUACAGUCGUGUACCCUUUUACCUUCUUGAUUUAUGAUAAUAAAGGCACCAUUUCCAAUUUCCUUUUGAAUUAUGAAUGGCCCCUCCCAAUUCGGGGACCACUUUCCUAAUUGAUCAACCUUCUUAUAAGUUGGAAGAAUAGUCUUCCAGACCAGAUCUUCUUCUUUGAAUGUUCUAUAAAAGAUUUUUUUUCCAUAAGUCUUGGCCCUGAUCUCAUUUUGCUUCACAAUCUGAUCAAUUGCAUGAAGUCGGUUGACAUCCAGACUUUCCAAUUGCUGCAACAUCAUUUGUUGGUAUUCCUCAGUAAAUUCAUCAUUGGUAAAGCGUGUGCGUCCAGAUGAGACCUGCACUUCGGCUUGCAACACAGCAUCUUGUCCAAAAGUGAGCUGAUAUGGUGAAAACCCAGUGGCAGAACUUCUGUUAUUCCUAUGUGCCCAUAAGGCUCGAGAUAACAACAAAUGCCAUUUCCUGGGGUUCCCUUCAAUUGUUUUCUUGAUGAUCCCAACGAUAAUCUUGUUAGUUGCUUCUGCCUGCCCAUUAGCUUGGGAAUAAUAAGAUGAAGAAUGAUUCAGAUGAAUGCCAAACUCUGCCAAGAAACUUACAAACUUUUUCCCAGUAAAGACCAGACCUUGGUCGGUUUUUACUGAAUGAGGUAUACCAUAUCUAUAUAUGAUCUGAUUCAGCACAAAAUCAAUAACCUCCUUCUGAUCCAUAUUUUUCAAAGCAACCGCCUCUACCUAUUUGGUGAAAUAAUCUGCUGCAACCAAAAUAAAACAAUGAUUCUUGGAUGAGGGCGGAUGGAUUUUACCAAUAAUAUCCAUAGCCUAAGAUUUAAAGGGCCUUGAUUUUACCAUAACUUGCAAUUAUGUGACUGGUAAAUGAAUUAAUUGCCCAUGCCUCUGACAUUCUUGGCAGCCAGCAAAUUGUAUGCAAUCUUCAAAAAUCUUUGGCCAAAAGAAACAUAAGCGAUGAAUAGUCCAUCUCAUGUUCAGACCUGCUCAAUGAUCCCCACAUAUUCCACUAUGUACUUCUGUCAUCACCUCCAAAGCUUGCUCGGGACUCAAACAUUUCAAGAGCAAUCCUUCGAAUGUCCUUUUAUAUAACACCCCCUCUACCAAUUGAAAUCGCAAAGCUUUCAAUCGAAUUCCAAUUGGUACAUUUGCUCCUGGAUCUUGCAAAUACAUGAUGAUUUAUGUCCUCCAGUCGGUUCCUAUUUUCGUGUUCCAAUAGGCUUCUGUUUCAGUUUCAGGGCCGACCUCUGCGCACAUAUCUUUUAGAAUUCCCUUGCAAGCUUUUUGAGCUAAAUCAUCUGCAAAUUGAUUCUCCUUUCUAGGGACGAACUCAAUUAUCACUUCGGAGAUCUUUGAUAGCAACCGACCUACCAAAUCCCUGUACCUCCGUAAGUGGGGAUAAUCGCGAACAUACUGUUUGUUUACUUGGUUGAUCACCAAUUGAGAAUCCCCUUUUAUAAUAACCGACUGAACUUUUCUGGCUAUCAAAGCCUCCAAUCCCAAGAUCAAAGCUUCAUAUUCUGCUGAAUUAUGGGUCAUAUCUUCCAAUUGCAGCUGCAAAUUGACCCUUUGACCGUCUGGUCCUUCCAACAAGACGUCUGCACUUGAUCUAUUUCCUGAGGUAGAACCAUCAAAAAACUUUAACCAAUUUCGGGUGCUUACAUAAGAUAUACACCCAGUCGGUUGCUCCUCACAACCUGUGAAGUCUGCCAAAAAGUCUGCUAUUGCAUGGCCUUUGACCGCCCUCAAGGGAGAAUGAUACAAAUCAAAAUGGGCUAAUUUAAUUGCCCACUUCAUAAGUCUCCCCUGCAUCGUAGGUCUUUCCAAAAUUAAUUUGAUGAGAUCAACCUUUGAAAUAACCUCAACUCUUCAGGGCAACAUAUAAUGUUCAAGUUUGGUACAAGCGAACACCAGUGAAUAACACAUCUUCUCUAGCAUUGUAUAAUUUAAUUCUGGUCCUGUGAGAGUCUUGCUCAAAUAAUAAAUUGUCAUUUCCUUUCCAUCAUCUCCAUCUUGAGCUAAUAAACAACUGACCACUUCAUGAGUAUUUGCCAAAUAAAGUUUAAGGGGACGACCUUUCUUGGGAGGCAUCAACACAGGUGGUUGAGCCAAUGCUUGCUUUAUAGCCUCUAAAAUUGUCUGUUGGUCUGGUCCCCACUCAAAGGUGCUUCCUCCUGCCUUCAAUAAUUUAGUGAUUGGUCUGACUUUGCCAGCAUCAUUGGAAAUGAACCGCCUGAAACAAUUCACCUUCCCCAACAGACUUUGAAUUUCCUUAACUGUCUGAGGUGGUCGGCUGGUAAGAAUCGCCUUGGCUUUGUUAGCAUCGAUCUCAAUGCCCCUCUCAUGAACCAAGAACCCCAAAAAACUCCCAACUGAUAUACCGAAAGCACACUUAAUCGGGUUUAUUUUCAAUUUGUACUUCUUCAUUCGACUGAAAGCAUCCUUAAGAUACCUCAAAUGUUCCUCAAAACUAGAAGACUUGACAAUAACAUCAUCGAUAUAGACUUCCAUAGACCUACCAAUGAGAUCAUGAAAAAUUGAGUUCAUGGCUCUCUGAUAAGUCGCCCCAGCAUUCUUCAAGCCAAAAGGCAUAACUGUCCACUCAUAAAUGACUAAUGCUCCUAGACAUCUAAAUGAGGUCUUGUGAAUGUCCUCCUCUGCAAAAAAGAUUUGGUUAUAUCCUGCAUAACCAUCCAUCAAACUAAGAAUUCUGCGCCCUGCUGCUGAGUCAAUUAGCAUGUCGGCCAUAGACAUCACAUACUCAUCUUUAGGAGUGGCCAUAUUAAGAUCUCUAAAAUCGAUGCAUAUCCUGAUCUUACCAUUUUUCUUAACACUGGUACAAUAUUGGCCAACCAAUCUAAAUAACGGCAAGGUCGGAUGAAACCCACUUUGAGAAGCUUCUGAAUCUCUUCUUUGAUCUGAGGCAUCAAGUCAGGACUCAUACGUCUUGGAGAUUUCUUACAAGGCUUGAAAUCCUUCUUAAUGGGCAAUCGAUGUUCUAUCAGACUUCGCUCUAAACCGGGCAUUUCUGAAUAAUCCCAUGCUAAACAAUCAAUAUUGUUUCUUAUAACCUCGAGCAUCAAUGUUUGUUGCUCUUUAGACAAAUAACCACUCAUCCUGAUUACUUUUGGAACCAGGUCGGUUCCUAAGUUGAAAUCCAGUAAAGGAUCUUGUGCUGAGAAAGCUGGCUCUAUUUUCUCUAAUAGAUCAGGCCAACGAAAUUGUUCAUCUUCUUGGAAAUGAACAUCAUGUAUCUUUUUGAUUUUUUCUACUUUUUUCAAAAGCUGGUCUAAGUAAUAUUGAUUAAUAAGUAAACUACAAUCUAGUAAUUCUGCACCCUCCAUAAGAAAUGUAUUAUAUAAAGUAGGUCUGGCUUACUCAAGAGCCAUAUAGUACAACUGUUCUUUUAAAAGAACAUUGAAUUCUGGCCAAUGAACUUAAAACCCUUCUUUGGGUAGUCAUUAGCUAUAAAAAACUGAUACAUUGGAGGUACAUGACCAUAAUAGAAAACUGAUUCUUCAACUUGUUCUGAUGCUCCAAAAGGAUUGUCAUUUGCCUCCAUUUGAAGACCUGGUUGCCUUCCCAGAACAUCAAUUGUUGAUGCAGUGUUGACGGUACACAUUGAGAUGCAUGAAUCCAAUCUCGUCCAAGCAGGAUUGAAUAUGUGGUAUUUGCAUCCACCACGAAGAAAACAGAAGAAAUCUUCUUUGGACCAACUUCAAUGGAGGCGACCAGCAUGCCUUCUGGUCUGGUCGGUUGCCCUGUAAAGCUAGUCAUCUCAAAAUCCACAGAGAUAGAUCAUGAAUUCCCUUUCCUAACUUCUUGAGAGUUUUUAAUGGCAUUACAUUGAAGACGGCCCCAUUAUCUAUGAAAACCUUUGUGAUUGGUUUUCCACAAAUAUGAGCAUUAACGUACAGAGGCUUCAAAUGAGACGCCAUGCCUUCUGGAAUGGGAAGGAAGACUAUUGGGAGGACCUCUGAUUGAAAGUCUGGAUCCGCAAAUUUUGCCCAUUCUGGCUCUUCUAUAGACUCAUCCACCAGACUUGCCCACAAAGGCUCUUCCUCAACCCAAUUAAUCUCUGUCAUUCUGCAGGGGAUACAUGGCCCUAGUCGAGAUUUGACAGCCUUGAAUCCUUCCUGGAAUUUCCUCUCCAACUUCAAUUUCGGGUUGAACAGUCAAAGAUUCCAAACAAAACUCCUCCAGUGAUGGGUUAAUGUUAACCUUCUCACAAUAUUGACAUCUAAAACCCUUAACUCUUUCAUCAGACAAGCCUUUACCAUUUUUUUGCAUGGACCGACCUCCCUCAUUAUAACUAAUAGUGUCCCGUACACUGGUCGACUGCUUUGAUGAGGCAGCCCCGAUGAGCCGACCUUCCUCUACCUCAUUCGGCUGCUCAAACGAAACGACCCUGAUGGACCGACCACCCUCUGAAUACUUAACAGCGCCUCGGGUGUCAUUCGGUUGCUUUGAUGAGGCGACUUUGUCUCUGUAUCUCGCAGCGUACCUGCGCUUGGCAUUCCGAAUCUGAGUACGAUUCAUGCCUGCGAAGCGAGGAUCCACAUCAAUUGGUAAAGGUUUCUUAUUUCGAGUCCAUUUGCUUCCGACCGCACCCGUCCUCCUGGUCGGGUGGUCCCGAACUAAAGCCUGGUCCUUUAAUUCCACAUUAAAAAUCAUCUUGGUUGUCCCAUUUUUCAGCUACUGUUUUUUCACAGACCUUGAGUUUCUCCUCUGGUCGGCCAUUGUUUGAUGAAUUCCCUUUUUCUUUUAUGGAAGUUGCUUGUAUAUUAACCAUUGUUGUGGUUACUUUUGGAAAUGGUUGCUGCUCCACUCCCAAAGUAAUAUACUUGAGCCGACCUGCCUUAAUAGCCUUUUCGAUUUCAUUUCGACAAUGAGUGCAUUGACUUGUAUUAUGUGUGAAGGAGUUAUGCCACUUAUAGUACGGCCUUCCUUUGAUUUCUUCCUUAGUGGCCAACCUCUGCUCCUUUGGAAUUCAGAUCUGACCAUCAGUUAGCAGAAUAUCAAAUAUCUCAUCAGCCUUUGAACUGUCAAAGGUCGGUUGCCCUUUAGCUUCUGUUCCUGGUGCUAGCUUUAACUUCGAGCAAACAUAAGGCUUCCCUGAAAUUAUUUCAGCCGCCAUCUCUUUUGUUUGAUCAUAAUCAAAGCCGUUUGCCUCUGUUUCCAUACUAGUCAUAUAUUGGCCCUUAUUACGCCUGAAAUUUUGAUCCCUUUCCCUGAAAAGAGAUUCCAAACAUCCAGCCUUGGAAGCGAGACUUGCCAGAUCCUCGACAUCAUGUGCAGUGAGCGCAUCCCUUAGGCGACCAUACAUAUUUCUGACCACUAAAUUGGUCAUAUCUUUUUCGUUGAUUAUUGUAGGACACCGUCCUUUCAUCGAUCGCACCCUUUCAAUAAACUGUGACGCUGACUCUUCUGGAUAUUGUUUCAUUUCCAAUAAGUCAGUCAAAGAAACCGUUGGCAAGGGAUUGAAAAAUCUGGCAUGAAAUGCCAUCUCCAAACCUUCCCAAGUUUGUAUCUGCCCAGGUGGCAGACUUACAAACCAUGAAAAAGCAGUCCUAGUUAGGGACAAUCCAAGCAGCUGUAACUUGUAAAAAGGAUUGUUACCAAUUUCCUCUAAUUGUGUUGUAAAACGCCCCACAUGCUCUAUAAUGGAGGACCCAUCCUCUCCAGAAAAAGCAUGAAAAUCUGGUGGCCUGCAAUUCCUUGGGAGAGGAUAUUCAUUAAUAAUCCUUUCUGGAAACGGUCUCUAAUAAGCAUGUCGGUCGGCCAUCUGAGGAUUUUGACCAAACUGAACCCUCAAUACGUGAGCAAUUUCAUCACCCAAACGAAAAUGUUGAUGAUCAGGAACAUCAAUGGGAUUUUGCGCAGGAAUAAAAUGGGAUCCUGCGUAUGUCCCCCUGGCCUUUCCUCUCUUAUAAUGUUCGGUUGCACAUUUUCAACCCUUGGUCCCAAAGGAAUAUUAUUUGGGAAAUUCAAAGGAGUCUUUCCCCUAUCUGUUCGGUUGAACGUUGUGGCGCUCGGAAGUGUGCUAUCCACAUAUGAUGACCCUGCAAAAUUUGCUUGCAUUCUUGAUGGUGACACCCCUGGCAGCGUCUAGGUGGGUUGAAGAAUAACCAUUGAUAAGGCUUGAUCUAACAUGUUCUGCAUAAAAUUUUGUUGCUCGCGCAACAUGUUCUGCAUAAACACAGUUUGCUGAUUGUUCAUUUUCUGAACAUAAGACAACCAAUCGGUAGGUGGUUGGGGGAUCUCCCCUAGAUUUGGCAUAGCUGGUGGUGAAACAUUUUCUCCCACCGGUGCUGAUGAUGAUUGAGGUUGUGUGCCUGCCAUAUUGAUUUUUCUGAUGAUUUGGCCGGACCUCAGUCGUAUGAAAUUUUCUGUUGAUGUAGGAUCAGCAAUCUUGCCUUUCUCCCACUGUGGUCGCCAAUUUGUUGAUUUAUUUUUUCAACAAACAAAAAGUAAAAUUCAAAGAUAUGGAAAAUAUCCUUAAAUUUGAUUAAUUAGCGUCUGAGAUUAGGAAUCUCUAAACCCUAUACGGUACAUAAGAACAUUAACUGGAAAUAAAAAUGCUGAAAAUUUAAAGUGUUGAUCCCCGAAUCUGACUUUGCUUUGUUGAAGUUGAUUGAAGAUCAUUUCUCCAGAAAAAUCCAAAUCCUUAAAUAUCCCUUGAGAAACAGUAUUAGAAACCGUCGCCCGAACGGUUACAACGUCUCUUUUUUCAACCGUCUACUAACCUUUCUCCUGUUGACAUGUGCCCUCAAUCGACCAAAGUAUCAUUCUUACUUACUCUCAACAGUAUCUGCCUCUUUGGACCGACCGCAAACCUUCCGCCCUUUUGGCCCGAACGCAACUCUUCCACCUUAUUGGUCCGACUACCAACCUCCCGACUUACAGACCACCCGACUUGUUAGUCCAGCCGCAGACCUCCCGACCUAAAGACCAUCCGACUUACUGGACCAGCCGCAGACCGCCCGACUUAAAGACCAUCCAACUUAUUGGUCUAGCCGCAGACCUCCCGACCUAAAGACCAUCCGACUUGCUGGUCCAGCUGCAGACCUCCCGACUUAAAGACCAUCCGACUUAUUGGUCCAGCCGCAGACCUCCCGACCUAAGGACCUCCCGACCUGAGGACCUUCUGACCCGCUAUUUCUUGGAAAUAUAUUUAUUUUACCUGAGUUUCCCGUGGUACCCCUCAACCAAUUCGAUCAACUUGAUUGCUAGGCCCAUUUUUAUUUUUACCUUGGGCUUUUAACCUAAUUCUAAAUUUCAUACGUAACAAAUCUAUUUCAAAAAUUUUGUAUGAAUCAAUGACCAUGUACUCCAAUUAAGCUUUCUACCAAAUGAUGUAAAAGUCUAACUAAAAAAAAAUUAAUGCAAUUUUCCAUAAAAUUAGGAGUUUCAUCAUAUAUAUUCUAUUUGUCAUCUCCUAACAAUUAAUAAAAAAUUAUUAAUGAUGCAAUACGUAUAGCAGUAUGUUAAAUAUAAUAUAAUGAAAAACAUUCACUGCAACUUUAAUUACCAUUUUUUUCCUUAUCAAUUGCUUCAUAAUUGAUAGGUAUAUAUAUAUUCUUUUUUAAUAGUUUUAUACUAGAUUCGCUAUCGGUUACAAUUUAUACAAUGCUAACAACUUGUACUUAUUCCACCGUCUCAUUCAUUAUAGUGUAGACAAACUUUUAAAUGUUUACUUGUACAAUUGACUGAAGUGUGAUAUAUCAUAUUUAUAUCACAAUAGACUAUAAAAUUUAAGGGUAUUUUGAUUUAAAUCCCUGUCAAGUAAACAAUAUUUAAGUUCAGUCCCUACAAAUUACUUGAAAGCAAUGCACUCCCUAUUUUUGUAUAAUAUUUACACAUAGCUCCCUACUAGCCAUUUUGCCCCUGAAAUGAUGCUUUUAUGUAACUAAUAUAUUAUGUACUUCCGUUACAUUUAUGUAAACCUAUGUUCUUUACUUACAUAAUC